GGCCUUUAAAUACAAACCCAACACAUUCAUUCACCCUAUUUGCAUUACUUCUCUUCCCCCUCUUAACAUCCUCUCUUUUAUUCUUCUCCCCACUACAUCGAAUCACUACUUUCAUGGCCGUUGAAGCCAGACACAUCAACAUGAAUAUAUUUCCUCAGCAAAUCAUCACAAACAGAGAAUUUGUGAAUUUGAAUCAAGGAAACAACUACGGAUACGACAAUAGUUUUGGCGCAAUGGCGGAGGAUUUGCUACCGUUUAAUCAGUCUGUGAUUGAGGCCAAAAAUUCAAUGAAAGCGGAGAGUGGCCUCACUUACAAUAAUUUUUCAUCUGCUCCGCGAAAACGCUCCCGAGACUCGAUGAACGAGUUGAACCGAGUCAUUGUUCCGCAACAGCAUUCUCAUCUUCACGAGUUCGAACAAAAUUUCCCUAUCCAGAUCCAACAACAGCAACACCUCGAGAUCGAUCAAAUCAUCGCACAACACACGAAGAAGAUAAGAAUUGAAAUAGAAGAAAGACAAAAGCAACAAGCGAGAAUAUUGGUAUCGGCGAUAGGAGAAAGAGUGAUGAAGAGAUUACGAGAAAAAGACGAGGAGAUACAGAAAAUAGCUAAACUGAAUCACGCACUUCAAGACAGAGUGAAAAAUUUGUUCGUCGAGAAUCAGUUGUGGAAAGACCUCGCACAAACAAAUGAAGCAGCCGUGAUGUCACUGCGCUGCAACCUGGAGCAAGUGCUGACGCAAGUUUCCGAUGAGCGGCAGCACUUGGUGCCUGGGAAUGUGGAGGAGGAAGCGGAGUCGUGCUGCGGGAGUUGCGGUGGCGAUGAGGAGGAAGUGAGUGUACGGCGGCGCGUGGGGAACACGAUGUGCCGGAAAUGUGGGGAGCGGGAGUCGUGUGUGUUGUUGCUGCCGUGUAGGCAUUUGUGUUUGUGUACGGUUUGUGGGACCACGUCGCAGUCCACGUGUCCUGUGUGUAAUUCAAGCAUGACUGCCACUGUGCAUGUCAAUCUUUCCGAUUAAAUUAUACUCCAAAUUCUUGACAUUUAUGUAUAGACUAACUGUAAUUAAAAAGUUGAUUUUAUGCUUUGUUCAA